AUUGAUGAGCGAUGUUUUUCGUAUAAUGACAAAAAACUGUGCAAUUCACCUUGUUUUUCGUUUCCUAUAAGGAUGUACAACUAAAAGAUGGCUUGUACAUGGCCAUAAAGAUGUCAUUGGACAAUACUUAUUAAAUUAUUAAAGACAAUGAAGCAGCGAAUUAAUUGUAAGGAAGGGUUUACGUUGCUUGGCCUCGGGUCUAUAAAUACUGGAAACUGGACUGAAAAGGGCACAGUUGUGAAACUUCUCUAUCAAGGAUAGCCGCCCGCUGCAGAAAGACAAAAUGACCUCCGUGAAAUUAACUUUAGCUUCCCUGUGUUCUCUUCUGGUUGUCUCUGACGUCAUAGCCACUGGCAAGAGUUAUGGAGGAGGUGGAGGUGGUGGAGGCAGUUGGAGAAGAAGAUUUAUGGGUGGGUACGGAGGAAUGGGAAAUGGAGGAAUCCUUGGGAUGGGAUCAAGCAGUAUGAUUGGUGGAGGAGGUAUAGGAGGCGGUAACAUGCUAGGAGGGGGCGGAAUCGGUGGCGGAAACAUGCUAGGAGGGGGCGGAAUCGGUGGCGGUAACAUGCUAGGAGGGGGCGGAAUCGGUGGCGGAAACAUGUUAGGAGGUGGCGGAAUCGGAGGAAGUGGCAAACUGGGAGGAGGAAUGAUUGGCGGGGGCGGUAUUGGAGGUAUCGGGGGUGGUGCUAUAGGAGGUGGAAAUAUGAUCGGAGGUGGUGGCAUUGGAGGCGGUGGAAUGAUUGGGGGAGGUGGAAUCGGAGGUGGAAUGAUUGGGGGUGGCGGAAUUGGUGGAGGAAUGAUCGGAAAUGGUGGCAUUGGCGGUGGAUCAAUGAUAGGAGGUGGGAAAAGAGGAGGUGGCAUGAUUGGAGGAGGAGGGAUUGGUAUUGGAGGAGGCGGUAUUGGUGGAAUUGGAGGCGGGGCUACAAUUGGUAAUGGCGGACUGGGCGGAGGAAUGAUUGGGAAUGGUGGCAUUGGUGGAGGAUCAAUGAUCGGAGGUGGAAAAAUGGGAGGUGGUAUGAUUGGAGGAGGAGGUAUUGGUGGGGGAGGUAUUGGUGGAGGAAUGAACAUGGACGAUGCUGGUCUGAACGGAAACAAUGGCCUGUCAAACAAUGGUUUUAACGGUAACAAUGGUGGUCUGGGUGGUAACAAUGGUGUCUGGGUGGUAUAAAUGGUGGCAUGGGCGGUCUUGGCGGUGGAAUGGGCGGUCUUGGAGGUGGAAUGGGCGGACUUGGAGGUGGAAUGGGCGGACUUGGAGGCGGAAUGGGCGGUCUUGGGGGUGGUUUCGGUAAAGGAUCAAUGGGUGGAGGCG